AACAUGGUUGAGUGGACAGAUUUCGAGCGCGCUACCAUCCAGGACAUCUUCUCCAAGAUUGACUACGAUUCCGCGGGUCAUAAUGCACUGACAAGAUGUCUUGUCGUGUACCCCUGGACCCAGAGGUAUUUCGCUAAAUUUGGAAACUUGUACAAUGCCGCUGCCAUCAUGGGAAACCCCAGUGUUGCCGCCCACGGAGCAGUUGUACUGCGCGGUCUGGAGAGAGCCGUGAAGAACAUGGACAACAUCAAGGCCGCCUACACUGAACUGAGUGUCCUGCACUCCGAGAAACUGCACGUGGAUCCCGACAACUUCAGGCUGUUGGGUGACUGCAUCACCAUCGUCGUUGCCGCCAAAAUGGGAGUUAGCUUCACCCCUGAUGUCCAGGCAGCUUUCCAGAAGUUCCUGGCUGUCGUAAUGGCUGCCCUCAGGAAGCAGUACCAGUAG